AUGGCUGCCAGCCUUCUCCGUCGACGAACCACCAAACCAGCGACGCGACCAACCAGCNUUCACCCACUUGAAGCCAAUGACAGAACCUUAAGCUUCAACAGAACCUUCAGUCAUCUUGAACCCAGAACUAGCAGCUCACUGGAAAUCCGCCAUUCCCAUUCACCAUCUCCGCCACCGCCUGACAGGCCACCCCUGAAACCUAAAACCCUUCAUCUUCAACACCCAAAACAAACCAACCCCUGCUUCGUCGUCAAGCAAGCCAGACGUCCAGCUGCUGCCGUCCACCAACCUCGCCGGCCAGCAGCUCCAAACGAAAACCAAGCAGGUUGCCCAUCGCCUUCCAUCUUCACGUCGAGCAGCCAUGUUCGGUUUAUUUCGGAUACUUUAGGUCAUGUAGUUCAUCAUCAACCAGCCGGUUCAGCUCCUUUUGGUUUACAAGCUGAACUUCAAAAAAUGACUGCUCAAGAAAUUAUGGAUGCUAAAGCUCUUGCUGCUUCAAAAGGUCAUAGUGAAGCUGAAAGGAGACGUAGAGAAAGAAUCAAUAAUCAUCUUGCUAAAUUGCGAAGCCUUCUUCCCAAUACUACAAAAACGGACAAAGCUUCAUUGCUAGCUGAAGUGAUACAACAUGUGAAAGAGCUCAAAAGACAAACAUCUUUAAUAGUAGAAACAAAUCCAGUUCCAACAGAGAUAGAUGAAUUAACAGUGGAUAAUGCAUCUGAUGAAUUCGAAGAUGGUAAGUUUGUGAUAAAAGCUUCACUUUGUUGUGAAGACAGGUCCGAUCUUUUACCUGAUUUAAUCAAGACAUUAAAAGCACUAAGGUUAAAAACAUUAAAAGCUGAAAUUACAACACUUGGUGGACGUGUGAGAAAUGUUUUGUUCAUAACUGGAGAUCAUAAUUAUAAUCAAGAAGAUGAUUUGAGUACAAGUUCAUGA